AUGGCGACUAUAAGUGUAUUGUGUCACUUUUAUUCUGUUUGUUUUAAUUUUUAAUGUAUAAAAAUUUGUAUAUAUAUAUAUAUUAUUUUCAAAUUAUACAUUCUAUACUUCAAUGUUAAGUUCCGAUGAUACAGAAAUUGAAAAUAUUCCACAAAAUGAGAGAUACAGGAGAAAACCAAAAUACGUGAAGAGGUUAAAUUUUGGUCAAUCUAUCAUAAAUUUAAAUACAAUAGAUAGAUUAAAGAAACCUGAUGGUAAUAAAUUUAUAAUUGAUGAAAAUGUGGCAAGAAUACCUGGUACAGAAAAAGAAGAUUUUGUACGCAAGUGGAUUGAAAUUCAUAACAACAAUGACGAUCUAUCCAGUAAAGAAUCUAAUCAAUCAUCACCUGUAUUGGGUACAGCUACAUCAAAACAAGCACAAACAUCUCCUAUUUUUGGUGUUUGCAAAAACCGUAAUAAUGUAAGAUCAAAAUCAGAUUAUAAUCUUAUAAAAAGUGAAAUAUGUAAACAGCUAGAAACAUCACCAAUUCUUGGUAGCUUAAAACGAAAGAAUAGAAAGAGAUUAAAUUUUUCUGGUAAAAAGAAAGAAAUCGAAUUGGACAUAGAUGAUUAUGUUAACAUAAAAAAAAAUCUUUUUGUAAACAAUUCUGAAUAUAAUAGUUCACAAAAUGUAAAGGUGGACAGAUCUCCUAUAUUAGUUAGAGAUGCAUACUAUUACAAAAGAAGACGUAGAAGAUGUAUUACUGAAAACAAUCAGAUGCAUAAAUUAAAUAAUACUAUCGUUGAGACAAGUGAUUGUGGCAAUAGAAAUAUAAACUUAUUAUCUUCUAAUACAUCAUCGAAUGUUAAUUCUUUAAGUCCUGAAAUUUUUAUAUCUGCUGCAAAACAGAGAAAAAUAGAUUGUGGUAAAGAUGAUGGAGAUAAAGAAAUAUGUAUAUCAAAGAGCAUGAUUAUUCCUAUUUUCUCAUACUCUUCUAUGAUAAAGGAUAAUGCAAUUAUAAACAAUAGUUCUAUAGAUAAGAACACUCCAGUGAUUGAGUCAGUAUCUAGCGAUGAUAGUAAUAUAACAGAACACAAGGAGAUUACAGAUUUAAAUAGUGAUAAUGAUGAAAUAAUAAAUAAUAUGAUAGAAGAUAUAGAUAAUGAGGAUGCAAUUCCUUUGACAAAAAACUCUAUUCCUGGAUCUAAUAUUACAUCCAAAAGUCUAUGUAAGGUUAUAGAUAAAUGGUCCUUUGCAUCUCCUGAAGAUUCAGAUAAGACAUUUUAUUCUGAAGUAGAAGUCUAUAAGAAUAAACUUUCCCAUAAAAUCGCAAAUGAAUGGACUAUAGAAUCUUCUAAAGAUUCAGAUGAAAUAUUGUUAUCUAAAGCAGAAUCCAUGAAAUCUGCGUCAUCUAUAUUUCAAAAUGGUCAUCCAUUGGACAAAAUAUCACAAGUAACAACCUUUUCUAAUGAAAGCAUAGAUAGUAGACUAAGUCAAACAAAUUUUAUUAUAAGUACUGCUACAUCUCCAGUAAGAACGAAUAGCUGGCCUGCUAUGUCUUUACAAAUAUUAGACUCUUGUAAGAAAAAGCGCAGAAUCAAAAAGAACAGUUUAACAGCAAAAUUGCAGUCAUUGAUAAAUAGACAAACAUCAUUUGUUCGUAUGUGGCAGCAUCAAAUGAAGCAAGUAGAUAUAGAUGGUACGUCUAUGCCACAUGUGGUCGUAUAUGUAGAUAAAUGUACAGUGCAUUUGUACAGACAAUUUUUAGAAGGAAUUGUCUUGGACGAUUCUUAUAAUCUAUUAAAUAACAAUGAAAAUCAUAGAAAAUCUAAUUUAUCUGAAUCAUCAAGUGAAAAAACAUCAUAUAAAAUGAUUACUAUGAUUAUUAUACCUGAUAUGGUAGGCACAAUAAUGUCGGUUGCUCAAGAUCGUCCAGAAUUAUAUGAAGAAGUGAAGCUAUACAAAAAUGCCAGGGAAAGAGAAAAGCAUGACAAUCAAGCUGAUCUUUAUGCGGUGGUCAAUACUUUGCAACAUUUAGAAAAGGCUUAUAUCAGAGAUUGUGUCACACCAAAGGAGUAUACAGCAGCAUGCAGUAAAUUGUUAGUUCAAUACAGAGCAGCAUUUAAGCAGGUUCAAAGCGACCAGUUUCCUACAAUAGAUACAUUUGCAAGAGCUUUUCGUUUGGAUUGUCCAGCAGCUCUGGAAAGGAUUAAAGAAGAUAGACCAAUUACGAUCAAAGAUGACAAAGGAAAUACUUCUAAGUGUAUCGCAGAUAUUGUUUCAUUAUUCAUUACCUUGAUGGACAAACUUCGAUUAGAAAUCAAAGCUAUGGAUCAAUUACAUCCAGAUUUGAGAGAUUUAAUGGAUACAAUGAAUCGUCUUAGUAUAUUACCCAGCGAUUUUAAUGGAAAAGAAAAGGUUGCAGAAUGGUUACAAACAUUGAAUAAUAUGUCUGCUUCAGAUGAACUGUCAGAUACACAAGUGAGACAACUUAUUUUUGAUCUUGAAACAUCUUAUAAUGCUUUCAACAAAAUAUUACAUAAUUCUUAACUUUGGAUAUUCAACAUAUUAACUAUUCAGACACAUUAUUUUUAUUAAUGCAGUGAUAUUCGUUCCAAUUAUUCAGGUCAUAUUAUUUGCAAUUACGUAAGUUUUUGCAAUGAGAACUAAUGUCAAAUCAUAUUCCUCCGAUUGUUCCUUCAAUUUUAUGCGAGGAUAAUAAUAUCGAAGGAUUUAUCGUAUUAACAUUUGCUCGCUACUUGUAACUAUGUUAAAUAUAAGUAUAAGUGACGUAUAUAUACGAAAACAAUAUAUAUAUAUACAUAUAUAUAUAUAUAUAUACAUAUAUACAUAUAUAUAUAUAUAUACAUAUUUAUAUAUAUACAUAUGUAUAGCUAUGCACAGAGUUAACUAUUUUCGAUGUGAUACUUUCUAAACCGUACACAGUGAAUUGCAAAGUGUGUGACACCUGAUGUUAAAGAUAUGUAUAUUAUUAGAGUGAUAAAAUUAUUUGUAAUUGUGAUUCUCCAUUCGGAGAAUAAGAAAAAGUCAAAAUUCAUUAGGUGAAUUUCUUUUUGUAGAUCUUUUUCUUUGUUUUGUCAAUCAAAAAAUAAUUUUUGGAUAACUUUACGUCGAAAGUUUACGAAUAUUAAAUGUAGAGUAGUUUAGGAUAAGCACAUGUGUUGUGUUUGUUAAUAUUAACUACUUGUUGCUUUGAUUAUAUCGAAGAAAAUAAAAAGGAAUAGAAUUUUAUUUUAAUUUUAAUUGAACUUUGAAAAAUAAAUCUCUUUACGAUUUAUUGAUUUAUCAAAAAGUUAUAGAAAGAUCAAAAAUGUGUGAACUAAAGUUUAAUACAGUUAGAAACCUGGUCGAAUGGUAUCGAUCGAUCCUGUCGAUGGCAAAGCUUCGAUAUCUCUUGGGCAGGCUGUUUGCGAACAAUGCCAGCGUGGGUUUAAUUCGAGUCGCGUCCCUUUGAUGUGCCGGCUGCAGACUUUUCCAAGUCGUAUUUACGCGGGUACACCCGGUAUGCAAAUGAAGAGGGUAGUCCUUCGACGCUCGGAGGCAGCAGUAGUAGUAGUAGCAGCAGCAGCAGCAGUAGCAGCAGCAGCAGCAGCAGCAGCAACAACAGCAACAAUAGCAAUGCCGGCAGCCAUGGUCGUUCAAGUGCAAUAACAGACAAACUAUUGACCAAGCUAAACUAAAUUAAACCGAAGCUCUACCAACAAGCAAAUCUACCUUGCUGGUUUUACCGUUGGUCUAUUUCUUUCUUCGUUCGCCGAAAGCAACGUUACGCGUGACUCGCGGAUAUUGCGAUUCCGACUACUACUUCUUUACUUUUUUCUUUCUUUCUUUCUUUUCAUUUGUCGUAUUUUAGGAAGGUUCUCUCCGAGAAAAAUCUAAUCUUCUUAAGCCACGAUUAGAAAUUUCGAGUUAAAAUACUCAUCCUUGUGUCUUAUCCAGUUCUACUUCUUGAAUAAAUAAUUAAAUAAUAAUUUUAA